UCUCCCAAAUCUAGAAAUAUUUCUUCUUGGUUGAACACAAAAUUUGUUUUUUUUCUUGGUCAAAUUCUAAAUGCAGAGAUAUCUUUGGAGUAAAUCAAACUUGAGUUCUCUUUCUUGCUCCUUGUUAGGUUUUAGUUUUUAGCAUGUGUGGUCACAACUUUGCAAUCACAAGAGCCUGUUGCUAUUUCUAUCGCAUCACUUCACAACGGGACUGUACUUUUAGAGUUUUUCUUUCACUCCUUCAGAUUUAGAUAAAAACCUCCAGCGAUCAUUCCAAGACAUGUCGAUGGCACAGAGUCCAGACUCCCGUGGGAUGACGGGAGAGAGGAGCCGCAACCAAACUCAUCCGGUGCCAUUCACCCCUGAAUUCCCCAUGAUGCUGACGAAAAGCAGUCCGAGCUUUGGUGCCUUGAGUCAUCACUCAUUCUUCUCUCGACAUAACCCUCAUCCAAACAGGGUGAAACAUAUUGAAGGACUCAACGGUCGACCCGUUUGCAUGGUGAGGGAUGAUUGGUUUGUCACCUCAUCAUUAUUUCCUCAUCCACUUCUCAAGAGCCACGUCCUCAGGAAAGCAACGUAUCCACCUUUUGCUUUACCGCUUGCUCAGAAUCUUUAUGGAGUCAGUAAUAACAAAAACAAAUCAGCGCAAUUUUCGGAGGCUUGGAGGGACGAACUCAAAGACCUCGCUGCAAAAGUCAGUUUGUCUUCCCAAGCACAAAAGGACAAAAAAGAGGUCCAACCCGAGGAAGAAUUUGUCCGCCGCAAGACCCAAUAUUCAGCUGAAACCGGGAGAAUCGUCCCUCCAUCCACCAACUCUUACCAACGCAGAUCCCAUUCCCAGCGCCUGAUGUAUCCUCAGCCCUUCCACGAUCAAGAACUCAUGGUGUUUGAGCUCCUUUGUCAGAUCCUGCAGACAGAUUCCCUGUCUACGGUCCAGCGGUGGCUUCUGCUCGCAGGCCAAAGAGAGAAAGACCUGGUGAUGGGGAUGAUCAAGCAAGCUCUGGAUGGUGCCGACCUCUCAGGCCAUCAUCAGCUCGGGGCUUUUCAUCCUGGUGCUACUCCGUCGGUGUAUGAUCGGUCAUGGAGAAAACCACAGAGAACAAGCUCAUACAAAGAGAACCAAGCCUUCAGCUGCGAUACACCAGAGAUGAUUGGAGAAGCAGAGGUCCUUGAAGUGCACGCAGAUGCUCAGAAUAAUCUUCAAGAUCAACCACUUUAGAGAGUGUGUAGAGUUCUCUAAUUUCCAUAGUGAUAACUGUAUUAUGGUUUCCUCAUUAUGAGAAUUGAUUGGUUCCUUUGUUUAUUGGUCCCUUGAUAUAUGACAUAAAAGAUUUUCUUUAGCAUAUUUACUCUGUAGAUGUUUCCUAGAAACGCAAGCCAAUUUAAUGAGUUCUCCAAAUUUAUUUUCAACAAUACAUUAUGCAAUAGGCGUGAUAGUAUUACAUGAUACUUGUCUGGAGGAUCAUGUUUUGAAACUGAGAAAGAGCGACAAGUGUAAACUUUUCAUUGCAAGGAAAUAAAACUUGAACGUUGAUA